AUGGCAAACCCCGCUCUGCUGGCUUUGCUCUUCCUGGCUCCAGUCUCCCUGGUGGCCACCAUCUGUCUUCUGGCUCGUAUCCAUCGUCGUCGCUAUCCGACCGAGAAUUAUGCCCUCCGACUCAUACGUCCCCCCGACCCCGAAGUUAUCCAUCAUAAGAUCCAAGCCGCAAUGACGUGUGAGGAGGUCCAGCGUAUAUUCCCCAUCGUGGAGUACAAUAUUUGGAAAAGUCAACGCACGCAGGAUAAUAAGGUAGAGGGUUCAGAGAGAAAGGAAGAAUCACCAGGCUCCGAGUCCCAGACAUGCGCUAUCUGCGUCGACCAGUUCGACGCCAGCGAGAAGAUCCGACCCCUGACCUGCGGACACAUCUUCCAUCCAGCCUGCAUCGAUCUCUGGCUCACCAAACGACAGGCCUGUUGUCCCCUCUGCAAGACCGUCUUCGUCGGACGCGACAUGCCACAGAUGCCUGCGACGGCCGUGAUUGCAAACGAAAGGCCACCCAUCCCUCCGUGA